AUGUGGUCGAUAGUCGGCCUCGGAGUGGCUGCCUUCCUCCUCUACAGUGUGGUCAACAAACUGAUCAGCUUCCGACGCAAUUUGAACAAGGCGAAACAGUCCGGAAUCACGUACGUUGCUGUUCCAGUGUACUAUCUCGAGACGUGGUGGCUUAUAAGCCAUCCGUUAUGGCUUCCAUUGCUCGCCAAACUGCCCCGUAGCUGGACCCGAUGGGUGGAUUUCUGUAUCCCGGACUUCUACUACCGCUGCAGCAUUGAGGUCUUCCAGCGCGUUGGUGCCGACACUUUUCUUGUGGUUGGGCCCGGAGGCAUAAUGAUGCACACUGCCGACCCGGCUGUCAUCAGCCAGAUCACCACCAGGAGGAAUGAUUUCCUCAAGCCCACGCCUAUUUAUCGGUCGCUCGACAUUUACGGCAAAAAUGUCGUGUCAACCGAGGGUGCAGCCUGGCGUCAGCACCGCAAAGCCACCAGCCCGCCAUUCACGGAGAAGAACAACCACCUCGUCUGGGCAGAGAGCAUCGACCAAGCUUCCGAUAUGCUAGCUUCGUGGGUGGGACCGGAAGGAAAAGGCGACAUCACGGUUGAUAGGGUCAUGGACGACACUAUGCGCCUGAGCCUGUAUGUUAUUAGCAGAGCAGGAUUUGGAAGGAAACUGGAAUGGCCUUCCGCCGAUGCCAAGGCCGACGUCGACGUGAAUUAUGUCGAUAACUCCAAGAUCCAGAAUGAUCAGGGUGACCGAGACCUUGGUCAUUCGAUGAGUUACACCUACGCCAUCCACUGCUUGUUGGACAAUAUUCUUGUGCAGUUUCUCCUCCCCAGGUGGCUGAUCAAGAGCAUCCCAACCACGACUUUUAAGAAGGCCAAUGAGGCCUAUUAUGAAUGGGGAAAUUAUAUGAAGGAAGCAGUGGCGUCUAAAAAGAAGAUGCUCGAAGGAGGAAAUGAAAACAGCAAGGACCAAAUGGAUCUUCUGGCCCAGCUAGUGAAAGGUCAACUCACAUCUGAAAAGAGCAAAGACGUUCCUCUCACGGAUUCCGAGGUGCUUGGGAACAUGUUCGUUUUGAUCCUUGCCGGACACGAGACCGCCGCCAACUCGAUCCACUUCUCCCUCCUCUACCUGGCCCUCUAUCCGAAGAGCCAGAGGGCUACGCAAAAGGAUUUAGAUCGGAUAUUUCAGGGGAGGCCGCCCUCUGAAUGGGAUUAUGACCGCGACCUACCUGCUCUUUUUGGAGGCAUGGUCGGUGCAGUAUUGGCCGAAGAGCUGCGGCUGGUCCCGCCAGUUAUAGGAAUUCCAAAGUCGACCUGGGGUGUCCCCGAGCAACCCAUCACUAUUGACGGAAAACCCUGCACUGUCCCCAGUGGAGUCUAUAUCAGUCUGGCGACAGGCAAUGUCCAUCGGAAUCCUAAGUACUGGCCCACAAACAAACCCUCGUUGCCGGGCGGGAAACCCCUGCAUCCCGUGGCGAAUCUCGACAACGACCUUGAGGAGUUCCAUCCCGAGCGGUGGCUCUUGGACGAAGGUAACGAGACCGAACAGGUGACGGCAAAUGGCAAGAAGGAGAUGCCUAACGAGACCGUUGCUGAAGAUGGCUUGGGUAUCAACGAGGCAGCUGACACCUCGGAUCGAUUUUACCGUCCACCUAGAGGAGCAUACCUCCCGUUCAGUGAGGGGUAUCGCGCUUGUCUCGGAAGACGCUUUGCCCAAGUCGAAGUACUGGCAACCCUGGCAGUCAUCCUGCAGAAUUACUCGGUCGAAUUGGCAGUGGACCAGUGGGCGACGGAUGAGGAGGUCAUAGUCAUGGACGAGGAUGCUCGCGUGGAGGUCUGGCAAAAGGCUGCCCAGCGAGCGAGGCACUUGAUGCUCACUGGCCUCAGCGUCAUCAUAUCUCUGCAGAUGAGGGCUGGAACCGUGCCUCUACGAUUCGUGCCCAGAGGCAAAGAGAGAUUUCCCGAUGAUGCGGAUGAGAAGUGGAAAAGGAAGCAUCCUGAUUUGUGCGAGGAACCCCGGGCGCCAUCUGACUGGAGGUUCUGGGCUUCCUAA